AUGGAUGAGAAAGAACAUAUACAUUUUACAUUAGAAUCUGUGCGUAAAUUGAUAAUGAAAGAUGAACCUAAUGUGGAAAUUACUAGUUUGGAAGAAGAAUUUGGUUCAGGAAGAGGUGAUAACUAUACAUCCAUGUUAUAUCGUAUUCGAGCAAAAGGUCGAAAACAGAUAAAAAAUAAUGAAUGGAUCAAUUAUGAAUGUGCAAUAAUUUACAAAGUUUUACCGCAAUCAAGAGAACAUCGUGAAGCUUUUAAAAGUGAACUACUAUUUCAAAACGAAGUAGCAUUUUAUACACAUGUAUGGCCUACAUUAAAUAAGUUACAAACAAAUGAUAGAAAAGUUUUUAACGGCGUUGCAAAAAUAUAUGCAGCACAAAUUGAUUUUAUCGCUAUGGAAGAUUUACGAGAAAGAGGUUUUAAAAUGGCAGAUAGAAGAAAAGGACUGCAACUUGAGCAUUUGAAACGAACAUUGAAAGCUUUAGCAGGUUUUCAUGCACUGAGUUUAACUCUUAAAGAAACAAGGCCAGAGGAAUUUGCAAGACUCACAGAUCCAAGUGAAGGUAAAGGUAUCCAAGAAGCACUUUUUCGAACAGAAAAUGAAAAUUGGUAUCGUCAAUACUAUCAAGUUGCUGCUAAGAAUGCUAUCAGAAUGGUGUCUGAUGGUCUUCCUUCUCAUAUGGAAUCCAAAAGAAUCGAAAUAAUGGAAAAAUUACGAGCAUUUCUUAAUGAUGAUGUAUUUUUUCGCACUAUGAGCGAAUUAGUUGCUAUGCAAGGGCCCCUUACCGUUUUUUGUCAUGGUGAUUGUUGGACUAAUAAUAUUUUAUUUAAAGACGAUUUGACUAAAUCAAACGAGGAAGUUGUCUAUUUAAUUGAUUUUCAACUAACUCGAGUUGGUUCACUUGCCCUUGAUCUUGCGAAUUUGUUGUACUGUUGUGCAAGUGGAGAAAUUAGACGAGCGCACAUGACACAACUUCUUCAACAUUAUCAUUUCCAUCUAAUGUCUUCAUUACAUACACUUAAUCCAAAACAGCCACCAAAAGAUCCAUCUGUGAUGUGGGAACUAUUAAAUGAAGAAAUGCGACGAUGUGGCCGAUUUGGCGUAGGUCUCGCAUUGGAUAUUUUACCAAUUAGUACAUGCGAAAGUGAAGAAGCUCCAGAUUUGUAUGAAAAAUCAAAAACCAAUAAAGGAAAGGAAAAUACACGAGCACCACCACGAGAAGGAGCUGAAUGUGCUCGACUUAUGACUGAUUUAGUUUUGGAGCUUGUGCAUAAUCAUGCUUUAUAGAUUGAAUUAUAAAAAAUCUUUAUAAAUACUAUUUUAGAAAAUACCUUUGUUAUGUUAUUAUAAAGUAAAUUAAUUUUAAUGUAAUGUACUGUUUAAUAUAAUGAUAUUAAUUAAUA